AUGCUUCCAGCCGCAGCCUCCGCCAAUGGUUCCGAAAAGCUGCGACAGUCACUGGCGAUCGCAACGUUAGCUCCGAUUCGGGGCGCAUCUCUUGAAACCACCUCCGACCUCGCCAACAACGACAACAAUUCUUGCGCGGCGAGCGAUGUCGAAGUUGCAGACGAGGACGGCAAGGAUAUCCCCUAA